CAUUGUACAAGCUUCUUGAAGUUUAAGAUUACUUGUUAAUCUUCACUCAUUAGGUAGGUGAAAAUAUGUCCACCUCUGAUAGUUCUAACGCAAAUGAAACCAAAACUAUGUCGUUCGCUGAGAAGCAAGCUGAACGUAUGAAGAAACUUCGACAAUUACAUACCUUGAGAAAUGAAGCACGAAGUCACAAUCAUCAGGAGGUUCUUGCAGAAGAUGCCAGGAGUAAGCUUCCAUCAAAUUGGGAAAGCAGAAAGAAAAGAGCAGAGUGGCUUCUAAACGAUCAAAAAGCUCGUGAAGAAGCUUCUUCAAGAGGAGAAGACUAUGAUAGGAAAAAGAUGCUUGAAAUUUCGGCCAUUGAUGCAGAGAAAAUAGAACGUAAAAAGAAAAAGAAGAACCCAGAUCAAGGCUUCUCUGACUUUGAAGCAGCCACUAAAAGACAAUAUGAUAGGCUUGUGAGAAACAUGCCCUCAAAGGAUAUGGAAAGAUAUGAGGAGAUGAAGGAAAAAUAUGGGGAUGCAUUUUAUGCUGGAUCCAAUGUUAUUAUCCAUGGUUUACAUGAGGAUCGCAAGGAAGCCAUAGAUAAUAUGGUGAAAGAUCUGGAGAAUCAAAUUGCUAAACGUGAAAAAUAUUCACGGCGACGAACACAUAAUGAUGAUGCUGAUAUAGACUAUAUCAAUGAAAGGAAUGCCAAGUUUAAUAAGAAACUGGAAAGGUUUUAUGGUGAACAUACUGCUGAAAUUAAGCAGAAUUUAGAAAGAGGAACUGCAGUGUAAUUAUUAUUCUCAUAAGGACUUUAGCUUAAGUUUUACUUGUUUUUGUAAACAUACCUAUUAAUUUUAUAUAAAGUGAAAAAAAAUGAACUUUUA